AAAGAAAAAACAAAGGAUUGUGCUUUUGCUUCGUCUCUGGUUUUUUAAAUAGAGAGACUCACUUCUCAGUUUGACAAAAACUAGGGUUUUUAGCUUUCUCAGAUUUGUUAUAACUUCACCAAGUUUUGACCUUUAACCACCGAUCCAAUGGUUGGUACGAAGAGACUUGGUGGUUCCAUCGAUGACUCCCUCACGAAGAACCGUGACGAUGAAGUUGAGGCGAUGCUCAGGAGGAGAAAGCAACUAAAGACAACGACGAAGACGACAACACCAUUGAGCUUGUCUUACUCUGCUUCAAAGAUGAACUGGUCUAAAAACGAUGAGCUUGUCAUUCUCGGGGGUAUUGUGGACUAUGAAAACGAAACGGAAUUGAGCUAUAGAUCUGACUGGGAUGCCUUUUACCGUUAUAUCAAAGAUUCUGUAGAAGCCAAGUUUUCGAGAAAGCAGCUCAUCGAUAAGGUCAAGAGCUUGAAGAGAAAGUUUACAUACAAUCAGGGGAGAUCUAACGAUGGGGAAGAACUUUCUUUUACUAAUACUGAUGAUGAUGAAAUCUUCAAACUUUCAUUGAUCAUAUGGGCUGAGAAUGAAACAGAGUAUGUUUCUAAUGAGAAUAUGGACCAAGCCAAGGAUGUUCCUUCUGGGGAGAAAGAGAGUAAUGGUGUGCCUUGUGCGGAGCAAGAGCGGGUGAGUAUAGAGAUUGAUAAUGGUGAGAAAGAGAAAUUGGACCAAGCCAAUGAUGUGCUUUGUGAGGAGCAAGAGAAUAAUGAUGUGACUUGUGAGGAGCAAGAGAAUAAGGAUGUGCCUUGUGAGGAGCAAGAGGAUAAGGAUGUGCCAAGUGUUGAGCAAGAGCGGGUGAGUAUCGAGAUUGAUAAUGGUGAGCAAGAGAUGAGUGAAGAAGAUGAUGUGGAUGAGUUAGGUGAUAUGGAGGACACACUUGACUCUGGGAUAUCGUUUCAUAGUUUAGAUAAUAAUGGUAGAUAUCAACAAAAGUUGCUGCUUCAGAAUUUGGAAAACAUUGGAGCUGAAAAAAGAAAAGAGUUAAUCGACGAAUGGAAGGCAUUGUUUGUCGAGGAGCUGCAAUUGAGUAUCAAGAAACUAACUUUCACCGCAAAGCUUGCAAACGGAGGAGUUUCUCCUUGAUUCAAGAAAGAAAAUUUCUGCUUUUGGAAUGAUUUCGAUGUUUUAGGUUCCUUCUAUUAUUAGUGCUUGUUUUGUCUUAUGAUGUAACUUGUUCUAUGUACUAUCCUUAUCGUUUCUUUUUAUGAUGACUCAACAACACUUAAACACUUGCUAUUCUCACUUUAUGUUCGAAAUCGCGAGCGAUGGUUAUAGUCUU